UAUGUUAAAUGUGUACCACAGACGAUGUCAAAGGAUUGCUACAGGAUGUACAAAGACCACGCCAAUGAAUGCUCUCGCUGCAUUGAGUAAGGAGAGACCGUUGUAACUCACGAGAGAACAUCACACAAAGGAAAGAAUAGCUCAGCAUUCGAAGAGAAAUGACCUGAUAGGAGAAGAUAUGAUCAACAAAAAAUACCAAAACUAGCAGCACAUAUACGGUACUUGCUAAACCAGCUACAAGAGAAAAACGUGAACCAAACAUCGAACGAGAUUUUCGGGAGCAUGUUGAGCAAGUGAAUCAACUGGUCAAACGAGAAAUAACGAGUCCAACAAUGUUAGUCAACAUAUAGACAUUAAAUACUGGUAGGAAACUUUUCAGUAUCGUAGGAAACUUUCCUUACAAGCCAUGGUAUUGAAAAGCAACUUUUUAGUUGGUCAAACUAAAAAACCAAGGAUAGUGAAGUCUGUGAUCUUUGCAACAUUUUUACGAUCAGGAAUCAUACCGAAACCGGACGGAACUGACAGAAAACUUCGAACAAUCAAGGAUGAAAGAAAUAAUCAAAUUCAUCAAAAUAGCGAAACUAACACCGUGAAGCACGUUGAAGCAAAUUUCCAAAGGGUAAUAAUUGGCGGCACAAGCUCUUCUAGCCGUGAAAACAUAAAAUACAACAACAACGAUGACAGUUUCACCAGUUUGUUUGAAAACAGUGCAGUUCUAACUUUUUUGCUGUAUCUGGUUCAAAGUGAAUAACAAAAUGAAUAUUCCCCAUAUGAACGAAGAUUCCAAAGGCUGCGAAGAGGAAAGUUUCAUUAAAGUCGAAGAAACACGCUUAAAUGAGUCGAUCAAUCAACCGAAUAACAUCUACCAGGACCCUUUAAUUGAUGAGAACAAACCGUACGAUUGCAAGAUCUGUGGCGUACAGCAGAAAGCUAAUCACAUUGAACGGCUUUUGUGUACGCACUACGGCAAGAAGUCUUUCGACUGUAAUAAAUGUGGAAAGAAGUUUCCCUAUCGGAGUUCACUUAUUCAGCACAAGCUCACUCAUUCGGAAGAUGAUGGAUCUUUCGGCUGCGAUAUCUGCAACAAAAGGUUCAAAGAAGAGGAGGUUUUUACGCGGCACCUUAAAAAGCACGAGAAGAAUGUUGAAUGUGAUGUCUGCGGAAAACGUUUCCUUUAUCCAUGUCUACUGAAGCAGCACGCGCUGAUUCACUCUGAUGAGCCGGCCGAACGAAAGCUCAAAUGUGAGAUUUGUGAGAAAGCGUUCAGGACACGGUCCAAUCUAAACGUGCAUCUGGAAACGCAUGAAAAAUCUUUCGCCUGUGACGAGUGCCCGAGAACAUUCGUUUACUAUAAAUCGCUUUGCGCACAUAAGCCCUUACAUUCCGAUAAACAAGCUAACAAAUGUGAAAUUUGCGGGAAAAGUUACCCGAAAAGUUACCUCAAGGUUCAUAUGCUAAUGCAUGCUAGCAAUCAGCGCUUCAAAUGCGAAGUAUGUGGAAAAAUCCUUCAGUCCGCAAACACACUUGCAAUCCACACGCAAAUUCAUCGCGGCGAAGAGCCUUACAAGUGUGAGAUAUGCGGCAAAAGUUUCUCUAGCAACUCUUCUUUGAAAAUACAUCUACGAUCGCAUACUAAAGAAGAGCCAUUCGGUUGUGACAUUUGUGGUAAACGAUUUGCAGUGAAAGGCAGCCUCAAGUAUCACAUGGCAGUGCACAAAAAUAGUCGGCCCCACCAGUGUGGCAUCUGCGGGAAAGGAUUUAUUACCGGCUCGAAAUUGUUGGCGCACUCGCGCACGCACACCGGCGAACGACCAUACAAAUGUUGCCUCUGUGACAAGUCCUACAUAAGGGGACCAUCAUUGAAAUCUCAUUUGAUGAAUGUCCACAGCAGUGGGAAAGAUAUAGCUACGACGCAAAGUAGUAAUGAAUGAAUAAAGUCAACUUUCUAGUUAGUUGUAAACUAAGAGUUUAGUUGUACCCAAGCAUGGAAAAGUUCAAUCACUAGCAAUAUUUCAUGCAAAUGUGUUCUUUGAUGCAUCAGUUAUCGUUCAACUAUUUCCACUCGCGUACAAAGUUUCCAUAGAAACGCUGCUGAUUGUUUUUCGCUUUUAAGAGCUCCGAAUACCAUAGAACAGCGGUGCUCAACCUGGGGUACGCGUACCCCUAGGGGUACGCGAAAGAAACAAUCAGUAAUGGCGGACAAAGCGUUCUUUUAUAAUACUUUAUUUGUUGUUCAAAGUUGAUCUUAAAACAUGACUGUAGUAAUCAAACAAAUCACAGUUCAAUUUUACAUCUAAACUAGACUACCACAACAGAACAUUCCAAGCCAGAGGGUACAAUCGAUUUAGGAAAUAUCACCAAGGGGUACGCGGACAAAAAAAGGUUGAGAACCGCUGCCAUAGAAGGAGACUGAAUGAUUCAAACACGAUAGUAUUUAUUGUAUCUAAGUUCACUUGCAUUCAACAGUAUCGCGAGAAUCUUUGAGAUAUUAUCGCCAGUGGUACAAAAUUAUGAAUCCAAAUAAACGUUAGAUUGCGCUCAACUGUUUGCUUACCGGAGCAAGCAAGUAUCAUCAAUGCUAACGAAAAUUGUAACAUGGUGCAUUAGCAUAUUUGAAAUCACCAAGAAACAUCGUGGUAUAUCACGGUGAAAGCACGACGUGGAGUAGCCGAAUUCCGCCUAUAAGCAACCAACAUUUGAAAGAAUCGUUGCGAUCGCUUGAGUGCAAUCGUUUACGAUUCUUUUGUGAAACACUCAAAAUCAUCAAAGAAAGCUGACAUAUAUUUCUUUGCUCUAAGUUGUCUCUUGCAUGCG